AUGGAGGUUGAUGAUACGAAGGUCACCCAGAAUAGUGGUGUUAUGGCUACAUUCUCACGGGAAUGUUUCUCAAACAGAAGAGAUCAGAAUCCAGUUGAAAAUAAUAUGACAUAUUAUGGAAGGUUGGAAGAUGUGGUGGAGAUGUUCUACGGCUAUGGUGGUCCAAAUGAACAUAAAUACAUGAUGUUCAUGAUUCGUAGGUGUUUUACAAAGACUCAAAAGGAUCCCUUUGGAUUUACAAUUGUCAAUCUCGAUAAAGAAAUUGAUAGUGAUGAAAAAUUCAUGUUUGCAUCUCAGAUGUCUAAAAAUAUUAACAGGAGGUUAUUCGAAGCUAACCCCAGUCAAGACCAAUCCACUAAGGAAGAGCCACCGAGUUCAGGAGAGAUGUCAGGUGAGGGUGAGGAAGAGCCGACUCACGUACCAUUAUAUGCAGAUCCUCCAGUUAUACUUCGAGCAUAUAUUCCCAGGAUUAAGCGCGGGCCUUUACCAGCAUGUGCAGAGGGGUACAGACUCAAGCAGACAGAAAAAUACAUGCUUGCGAAAAAACGAUUGGAUGAAUGGGGCCCACAGAUUGAUGAGAUCUUAUCUGAUGCAAAAAAUAAAAUCAGACAAAGAUUUGGAGAAAAACUUUACCAGAAAAAAGGACGCCAAGGAAGUGACUUUAAAAAAAAGUUACCACCGGAUGGUUUUCGAGCAAUUGUGAGAUGGGGACAUAAUGAGAUUCCAACCGGACAAUGGGCUAAUAACUUCAGCUCAUACCUUGGAUGCUUGAUACGGAGGAGUGAUAAAUUCAAUCCUUAUUACGAGGCUUGGGAGCAGCCAUUUUAUGUCCUGGAGAGUAUAUAUCGAGAUUGUUGGAGAUAUUUCAACAUCGAAGACAAUCCCGUAGGGUGGGAAUUUUUAUUUGGAUACCAGGGAAAGUUCAAGCAUUCUCUUCGGGAGUGGAGACAUGAGAUAAAGAAGAAAUGCUUUGAUUGUUUCACUCACAACUGGGAGAGGAUAUACAAGCGAGAUAAGAGGGUUGAGCCUGAGCACUUAGCUGCACUUAUAAUAUUGUAG